CUUUAUUUAAUUCAAUUUACAAAUAAAGAUGGAGGAGAGAGAUAUUUACAUAAGAGAGACUUUUCCCAAAAGAAAGACUAAACCACCACUAUUGACUUCAGGUCAAAGUUCAACUUCUGAUGAUCUAGAUGAUAUAUUGACAGACAAUAACCCGAUCUUAGAGGAAAUAUUCCAGAAAGAAGACAUGGCACAAGAAAGAUCAACACUCACUAAAAAUAGGAAAAUAGAGAAGAGUUUUGAAGACUUGUUGACUGGUCUGUCUGAUGAAAAUGACGAUGAUAUUGAUGAUCUCGUUGAUUUCGACAAUCUUCCAGAGAUGUGUUCUGAUGCAACCUUGAUAGCGAUUACUAAGUCUAACAAACCUUACGCAAAUGCAGCUUCCAUGGACGAUUCGUUAAGGAUGUCCGAAUUUGAUGCCCCGACCGAUUUCACAUCAGAAUCGUUAAAACCAAACGACUCAGAUGUCUUUAGUACGGAUGAUUUUUUCACUGAGAAGUCAAAUGGAAAGGAAGAGUUUGUAGAAAAUGACAAACUAAUUGAUUUUGAAGAAAGUGAAGUAAUAAAAACAGAAAAGACAGAUGAACUUUUCGAGUUUGACUCUCAUCGUGACGAUGUCAAGGAAGAGGAUAAAUUGAUAGAUUUUGAUGACCAAGAAGAUGAAGAUGAUGAUAUAAGUGAUGAAAAAGUAGAAGAGGAAAAUUCCAUGGGAUCGAAUGAAGUAGAUGAAGACGAUGACGAUGGUGACAAGUAUGAACCAAGUUUUGUUGAUCAUAGCAAUGAGAAAGUAGAUGUCAUGCUUACAGAUGAAACUGGUAAUGAGGUUGAUAUUAUGGAUCAGGAUACAGAGGUAGUUGUGAAUGGUUUACAAAGAGAAGAGAGCAUUGAUUUAGAUGCCAUUGUCCAGGAUAAUACUCAUUUAGAUGUUGAUAUUGGUAAACAGAAAACUGUCCUUAGAAAGAAAGGAUCAUUAGCAAAGAGGCGUAAACCCAGUAGAACAAGUAUACAUAGCAUGGGAGCAGCUGAUGAAAACAGUCGAUAUUCUGAUUCUACAGAGCCAAAGCCUGUUAUGCAGAAUGGUCAUGCAGAUGAAGAUGUUUUCUCACGUAACAGCAGUUCUUCCAUAGAUAGUGAUGCACAAUCUCCUCCUGCCAAAAAGCCACUUCCAGGAAUGGUUGCUUUGCCUGGCAUCGGAAUGCCUAUGGGAUUUCCUAAGAGAAAAUCUAGAGGUUCUACACCAUCAGAUAGUAACCUGACACCAGAUGAAGCAAAAAAAGAUUUUAGAAACAUUGGUGUUAAACUUCCAAUUCCAUCGUCUCGUGGAUCUAGCGAAUCAGACAAUCAAUCUAAUAUAACAAGUCCAAAACUUAGGAAAACAUCGGAUCAGGAAGCAUUGAAAUCUCCCGUAGAACCUACACACCAGUUUGAAAAACCAAAGUUGAAAGCAGUUUCACGACCAGUUAGAGAACGGGAAGAUAGUGAUGAUUCAAAAACAUUUGAUAUGCCUGCUCUUAAGCAGGUGGAAAAAUCACCAACGAAAAGUAGAGCUUCAGAACAAAAUGAUGAUAUGGAUACCAAACAUGUCUUUCAAACCCCAAAGUUACGAAAAGUUGAUGAUGCUCCUACAGAAAGUUUACGUUUUAUUCACGGUAAAACAGGAGAAGACGAUGAUUCUGAAAGUAGAAUUUCAGACGAUUCUAGACAUAUUUUUCAAACUCCGAAAUUAAAAAAGGUAGACAAUCCUCCCACUAAGACGUUAAGAAACCUUCACGGUAUAAGUGAUCAAUCAGAUAUGAAAUUAACUUUAGGGGAUCAUGUGGGCGAGAGUAGUACAGAUGAUAUAGACAUUGGAAUGUAUUUUGAAAAGCCUCAGUUACGGAACGUUCCUAAACCAACAGAGACAUUAAGAAAUGUCUAUAAAGAAAAGCCUCAAAUCGAUGUGCCGGAAUUAAAAAAUGUGCCAAAAAUGGAAUUAGAAUUAAAAUCUCCCACGGAGAUUGACAACAAAUUCAAUGUGCCCCAGCUUAAAAGUGUUCAUAAAGAAAGAGAGACAGAUAGUCAGGAAAAAGAAGAGGGGACUUUUCAGAUCCCUACUUUAAGGAGUACUCCUCUACCUAAAAGAAGAGAGCCACCUAAAAGUCCAGAAACAAAAACUUUUGAUGUGCCCAUGUUGAGACGCACCCCUCGAGUAAAAUCUGAAACGGACACUGUCGAAUCAGAAAAACCUCCAACUGGUGUAUUUGAAAAACCCAAAUUAAAAUCAGCUAGGUCAUUACAACAAGACAUGGAUGACUCUACAAGUAAAGAUUCUCAUGUGAAGCAUCGGUUUGACGUUCCCUCUCUACGCAAUACUCCCUCUAAAAAGGAAUCAAGUGUUCAAAGGUCAGAAAGUGUCAGAAGUGAUCAUGAGAAGCCAUCAUGGCUACAAGACACCAAACUAAAACCUACUCGAGGAGCAUCCAUUGAUUCAUCUGGGGAUAAAAAUGAAGAAAAACCCAGCUGGUUAACAUCCGAUACCAGGAAAAGACAUGAUUCUAAAGAAAAUAGAAAUGCAGAUAGUAAUGAUUUGUCAGAAAGUACUCCAAGGAAAUCUUCCACACCUCUUCAGGAGACUAAACAGGAGAAUGCAAUAAAUGGUCAUCAAACUCCAUCGCGGACAAGACUUACAUCAACAAGUUCAGAACAUGAUGAUGAUGAUCUCAGAGCUAAAAAGAACACAGGAAGAGACCAGUAUGUACCUAGUUGGCUGAAAACAACAGAUACCAGAGGAAAGUCUCCCUCUACACCCAAUCUGGCAUUUGUAACUCCAACUAAAGAUACAUCGGAGGUUCCACAAUGGAAGAGAGAACUGGCAGAAAAACGAAGACGACAAAAAGAUGGCGAUGGUGCACCAACUCCAAUGAAAGCAGAGCCAGCAGGUGACAAAGAGUUACCUCCCUGGAAAGUAGAAUUAGGACAGAUGAAAAUGAGACAAACUCCUGCAAAAGCUCAAGACACAAAGAAGAGUGCAGAACCAGAAUGGAAGAAAGCAGCAGACGAAAAAAGACAGAGAUUAAGAAGUAUAGGUGAUUCUUGUUAUGAUGAUGAAGCAGUUGAUCAGGUUACACCAGAACAAGAAUGAACUCUACAAUAGAUUCUGGACUAUUAGCAUCAAGAAAGACAGCCAAGUGAUAGUUAUAUUUAUUAGUUCCUGCAUAGCAACAUUUUAGUUUACCAUUAUCCUGAUCAGGGCAACAUGUAUCUAUAAAAUAUCAUACAUUAUCAACAAUACAUCUAUUCCAUUGUGGUUUAAAUGAACAUUUAAUGUUCAAAAAGGAACUAUGUUUUAUAUUGUUUAUUUACUUUUUUUGUUAAUUUUUAGUUAAAGAUAUGUCCAGAUGGGAACAGUAUAUUUUCAUAAAAGGUACAAUUUCACUUUUGUUUAAGGUGAAACAAAAUAAAGUGUUAGUUUUUUGACAUACAGAUGUUUUUUUAUCACUUCUGUUCCUUUUUGAAUUUUUUUUUUAUUUUCCCUUUGCUAUAUUGUUUAGUUAAGAUAUUAUAUGAAUAUUAAAUUUGAAAAAUAUGCCUGGAUCAGGCUUAGUGUAUUUAUAUUUCCAAUAAAUAAGGUAAAAUAUUUUCAAGAUUUUUGACAGUUUUUUUUUCUAAGAUAUCUACUGUGAAUCAAAUUUUUUCUCCUGCUUUCUUUAAAGUUGUAAAGACAAACAUUCAGAAAUCAAAAUAUAUUGAAUUUAAAUAAUAAAAUUGUCUUUCCCUAACCAACAUGAUUGCAAUGUUUCUGUGAUAAAAAAAUAUUUUUUGUGAUAUGAUAUUUCAAUGGGCAUAUAUCUGAUAUCUAUAUUUUGAAAUAUUACUCGUCUAAAACAACGCUUACUGAUGAAUUGCUUGGUAAAAUGCAACUUUUUCAAAUAAGGUUUAAUGCUUUUUUUGACAAAAAUUACUUUUUCUGUCAUUUAUUGAUAAGAGAUUAGUGCUUGAUAAUGCAUGCCAGUAAACUUGUAUACAUUUUUAACUAAUAUUUGUCCAACGAUUGUCUUAUUUCAGCUUUUGCAAGAUGAAAGAAAAACAAAUGCUCAGUAAUAUCUCAGUUGAGUUUGAAUUAAGUUUUUUUCCUUCACCUAUUAAUAAUGACCACUAUUUGAUAGCUGAUUGAGACUUUUUGUUGUGUUUAGAUUAUUAUUUUAUGAAAUUAACAUUCCAGGGUUUUUUCCCAUUAUUACAGGGUGUAUAAUUAAAGUUCUGUAUAUUAAUGAUAAGUGAUAAAAAUGUAUUUUUUAUGCACAAAUAGUGCCCUUGCAAUUAUAUACACAUUUUCAUUCCUAAUCAUAACUGUUCUUGGUUCAGGGCUAAGAAUUGAACAAAUCAUUCCAUUUAGACUUUAACUUGAAAAUUGAUGUUUAUAUAUUUUGUUUGUUAUCAUUUUAGUUUUCUGUUUUCAUUAGCCACAUGUAUAAUACCGGAGAUAUGAAACUGCAGAUUCAGUAUGAUAUUGAUUCCUGAAUUCCAAGGUUUUUUUCCCCCAUUAUUCCUUGUAAACAAUCAGCUACAAAAAAAUACUUGUUUACCUUAUUCAAGUGUAUUCACUUACGGCGAUCUCAAAUUUAUAAGCUGUGUCUGAUAGAAAUUGACCUUAUACAAGUGCAAGUAUACAUGUACAUGUAUAAGACUGAUUUUUUUUUUCGAACAUUCAAAUACGAAAUAAAAGAUGAAUUUUGGUCUGUUUUGUAGGGUUCUUAUGGCAACUCAAUUUUCAAACAGUUUCAGACUUAGCAUAGAGACUAUUUCAACUCGAAAUAUGUUAACAGAUCUAUUGAUAUUCAUUUGCAUAAGGUCGAUUUCUAUUAGACCUAGCUCAUAUAUUGAUAUUAAAUUUUGAUUUAUAACACAUUUGUUUACAAACAAUUUUAAUGGGGAAGAAGUUUUGUGAAAUCUUUUGUAAUGGUACAUGCUUGACCAUGGCAGAUUUAUGUAUGGCUGUAAUGUAAUGUUUCCAAUCUCAGAUAUUAUAUAUGUUUCUGUUUAUAGGUACAAAUCCAUUCCUUAAGUAGAGAAUAGUGCUUUCAUAGUUAUAUUUUUAAUUCAUGAUUAUUCAUUGAUUAUAAAUAAAUAGCAUAAGAAUUAAUUUUAAUAUAAUUUCGUAUUUUGUAUUUUUCUUGUCAAAUUGCUGAUGCUUAUAAUCUACACAAUCUUCAUAUUCAAUUCCACUAAAGGAACACUCAAGAGUUUACAUGGGUCAAAUUGGGGAAAGUGGCUGUCUGUUUACUUAGAGAAUAUUUUAACUUCUAAUAUACUGCUGCUAUAAGGCGUAUUGUGACAAGUUUUGUUGAAGUACAUAACGAUUUUUUUAAAUUUCAUUAAUGUAUAUACUUUUUACUUGUACCAAUCCUAACGUUGCUUAGUUUGGGCCCCCUCUCUUUUCAAAAUCAUGGAUCUUUACAUUGUGUUGACAUUUGGAUUGACUCCUUAAGAAGUUUUUUUUAUUAUUAGAAAUAGUCUUAUUUUUUUAAGGAAUAUGUUUUUGCCCUAAGCUAAUAGGAAUUAUAUACAUGUAUAUGCCAAAUGAGGUAUUAGACUUAUUGCUACUCUGAAAUAAUGUUAUUUGUUAGUUUUUUUUUGUUUAAUUUAAUUAUGUGUUUCUGACAUAUUGCCUUACUUUAUUCAAUAAUAUUUGAAAGUACUUUAUUGGAUCUGAAACAGUAAUUUUGAAACUUUUGGUUGACUAUUGAAACACUAUGGAAUGCAAAUCUUUAUCCAGUUAUCUGAUACUAAUAGAUAUAGAGCCAUAUAAUUUGAUGUGGAAAUGCAUAUUGGAGAGACCGACCAUAUGCAAUACAAUGAAGUACACAAGACCAAUAUUCAAGGCUCAGAGGUUAUUAUUCAUUUUGUAAGAUUAUUUUCUAAUUUUAAGUUCAGUUUUCAUAAAGUAAGUCUAUAAUCAUUGUUGGUGUCAGGCUGCGUGAAGUAAAACAUGAUAUACUCCCACAAAAUAUUGGUCACUCUAACAAUCAUUUUAUUCUUCCUGGAUUUGUAUAAAAAUCAAGAUGGUGUACAAUCAUACAACUUGAAGUAAGGAUUUAUCUGUGGAAUAUAGCAGCAUCCACUAAAAAGUAGGUCACUUUGACCAGUGUUAUAUGCUUGAUUGACCUAAAUUAAGUUUGACUCCAAAGUUUAGAUCUCAGAUGAUAAGUAAUCUACAUUCAUAAAAGUUGGUGUAAGGAUACAUUCUGUAGGGUAAAUAAUUAACCUCCCCAAAAAGCUUACUCUGACCUACAUUUUACUGUUUUAUUAAAAUGUUUGUUGGAGUACAUAUCUCAAUUAUUAAAUGACUUACAAUCAUAUAGUUUGGUGAAAAUAUGUGUAGUGUUGAGUAUUUAUAUGAUUCAUAAUAAUCUUUGAAGUUAUCCAUAACAUUUAGGGACGAGGUAAACUUUGUAAAUGAUCUGUGUUUUAAACCAAACACCUUCCAUUAUAUAUUGUGAAGUAUUUCAGAUCUACUAGUAUUUUGAAGAAUCACCUAGCUCCUAGCAUCCAAAACUUGCCAAAAGUACACCAUGGAGAUAACAUAAAAAGUUGUUAUUACAACUUUCAUUGUAAGGUAACAAUGAUCUAGAUUUAUCUAAAAAUCAUUGCAAAAUUAAUACAGAUAUAUACUUUUUAUACAUUCCUAUGAAGUUUAAAUGAUUUGAAAACAAAUAUGAUGUAAUUUAUAAUAUAUGUAAUUUGACAUCGAAGUGAUUUAGAUAGCUAUAAAGCUUAAUUAUUUUCAUGUACUACGUUGAUGUUUUUUUUGCUUGCUUUUUUAUAGUAUAAAAAGCUGUAGAUAACUCCUGUCUCAAACUAAAAACAACAUAGCCAUGGAAAGGGCUUUUCCUAAUGAUGUAAAUAUAUCAAAUGUAUAUUUUAAUUAGUUUGACAAUGAUUUCACACUGUGUUACGAGUAUGAUUUGAGUUGACACCCUACGGUAAUGGUAAAUUCCAAUUGUCUAUAGAUUCGCUGCAUAUAUUUUAAAUUUUAGUUCUAUAUUCAUUUGCUUAAUGGAUUUUACCUAUUUGAAAUGGAAGCCUUCAUCCAGGUAAUUUGUAAAGAAACGGUUUAGAAGAUAAACAGUUGGGUCAGUGAAAACUGUGAUAGUGAGAUUAUUGGCAUGGUAUAAUCAAAGCCAGAAACACUAGAAAAUUGAUUUGGAAGUCGACUCAAAUGAUACAGUUGCACAGUGUGGAUUUGUAGUACUAUAUAAAGCACAUAAACAGAGAUAUUUAUACACUUGUUUGUACAGCUGUCUCUAUUGUUUAUCAUUUAUACAAUAAAUUUACUCUAUUUAUGAUA